CCCCUCCCUCUAAAAGCACUCUCUGUGGGGAAGAUGAGAGCCAGAGCAAAGCUCAGAGGAACCAACCUGGAUCUGGAUCUGGAUCCAGCUGGAGUUCCUUCAGGAGUGACAUGCCAAAGGAUCAUCCUCCUGACUUCAGAGCCAUCAGUUCAGCAGUGGAACAGAUCCAUCAAAGACUCAAAACUGGAUCUGGAUCUGAACCCAGCUGUGUGUCCUUCAGGAGUGACAUAUCAAAAGAUGAUUUUAUCAACUUUAAAUCAUCAUCAUCUUCUAGUGCAGAGAGAGUGGAGAGCUCAGAGACUCCCAGUGGUCCGUCUGUCCAGCAGCAUCAAACACAGCUGGAUUACAUCUUUCUGCUGCUGGAGGACAACAUUGUCACUUUUGUGAAGAAGGAGCUGAAGAAGAUCCAGAAGCUUCUGUGUCAGAGGGAGGAUGAGGAUGAGGAGGAACUGGAGGAUGAAGAUAAAGAGCAGAGGAGCAGCCAGGAGUCACUGAUGAAGAUCACAGUGAACUUCCUGAGGAGAAUGAAGCAGGAGGAGCUGGCUGAUCGACUGCAGAGCAGUUUGACUGCUGCAGUUUGUCGACAUAAAGUCCGAUCUGGUCUAAAGAAGAAGUUCCAGUGUGUGUUUGAGGGGAUCGCUAAAGCCGGAAACCCAACCCUUCUGAAUGAGAUCUACACAGAGCUCUACAUCACAGAGGGAGGAACUGGAGAGCUGAAUGAAGAACACGAGGUCAGACAGAUUGAAGCAGCAUCCAGGAAAGCAGACAGAGCAGAAACCAGCAUCAGACAAGAAGAGCUCUUUCAACUCCCAGCUGGAAGACAAGAACCAAUCAGAACCGUGAUGACAAAGGGAGUGGCUGGCAUCGGGAAAACAGUCUUAGCACAGAAGUUCACUCUGGACUGGGCUGAAGGCAAAGCCAACAAGAACAUCCACUUCACGUUUCCAUUCACUUUCAGAGAGCUGAAUGUGCUGAAAGAGGAGAAGUUCAGCUUGGUGGAACUUGUUCAUCACUUCUUCCCUGAAACCGAAGAAGCAGGAAUCUGCAGCUUUGUAGACUUCCAGGUUCUUUUCAUCUUCGAUGGUCUGGAUGAGUGUCGACUUCCUCUGGACUUCCACAAGACUCGGAUCCUAAAUGACCCUAGAAAGUCCACCUCAGUGGGUGAUCUGCUGACAAACCUCAUCAGGGGGAACCUGCUUCCCUCUGCUCGCCUCUGGAUAACCACACGACCUGCAGCAGCCAAUCAGAUCCCUCCUGGAUAUGUUGACAUGGUGACAGAGGUCAGAGGGUUCAAUGAUUCACAGAAGGAAGAAUAUUUCAGGAAGAGAUUCAGAGAUGAAGAGCAGGCCAGCAGGAUCAUCUCCCACAUCAAGAGAUCCCGAAGCCUCCACAUCAUGUGCCACAUCCCAGUCUUCUGCUGGAUCACUGCUACAGUUCUGGAGGAUCUGCUGAAGAGCAGAGAGGGAGGAGAGCUGCCCAAGAGCCUGACUGAGAUGUACAUCCACUUCCUGGUGGUUCAGGCCAAAGUCAAGAAGGUCAAGUAUGAUGGAGGAGCUGAGACAGAUCCUCACUGGAGUCCAGAGAGCAGGAAGAUGAUGGAGUCUCUGGGAAAACUGGCUUUUGAGCAGCUGCAGAAAGGAAACCUGAUCUUCUAUGAAUCCGACCUGACAGAGUGUGGCAUCGAUAUCAGAGCAGCCUCAGUGUACUCAGGAGUGUUCACACAGAUCUUUAGAGAGGAGAGAGGCCUGUACCAGGACAAGGUGUUCUGCUUCAUCCAUCUGAGUGUUCAGGAGUUUCUGGCUGCUCUUCAUGUCCACCUGACCUUCAUCACCUCUGGACUCAACCUCAUGGUGGAAGAACAAGCACAGAACUAUCAACCUAAACUGAGCCCACUCCAAUUCUACCAGAGUGCUGUGAAUAUGGCCUUACAUAGUCCAAACGGACACCUGGACUUGUUCCUCCUCAUCACCUCUGGACUCAACCUCAUGGUGGAAGAUCAAGCACAGAACUAUCAACCUAAACUGAGCCCACUCCAAUUCUACCAGAGUGCUGUGAAUAUGGCCUUACAGAGUCCAAACGGACACCUGGACUUGUUCCUCCGCUUCCUCCUGGGACUUUCACUGCAGACCAAUCAGAGUCUCCUACGAGGUCUGCUGACUCAGACAGGAAGUAGCUCACAGACCAAUCAGGAAACAGUCCAGUUCAUCAAGGAGAAGAUCAGUGAGGAUCUGUCUGCAGAGAAAAGCAUCAACCUGUUCCACUGUCUGAAUGAACUGAAUGAUGGUUCUCUAGUGAAGGAGAUCCAACAGUUCCUGAGGUCAGGACGUCUCUCCACAGAUAAACUGUCUCCUGCUCAGUGGUCUGCUCUGGUCUUCAUCUUACUGUCAUCAGAAGAAGAUCUGGAAGAGUUUGACCUGCAGAAAUACUCUCGUUCAGAGGAGGCUCUUUUGAGGCUGCUGCCAGUGAUCAAAGCCUCCAACAAAGCUCUCCUAAGUGAUUGUAAUCUGUCAAAGAGAAGCUGUGCAGCUCUGUCUCCAGUACUCAGCUCUCAGUCUUCCAGACUCAGAGAUCUGGAUCUGAGUUUAAACUACCUGAAGGAUUCAGGAGUGAAGCUUCUGUCUGCUGGACUGGAGAGUCCACACUGUCAACUGGAGACUCUCAGGUUGGUGGACUGCAGUUUGUCAAAGACCAGCUGUGCUGCUCUGGUCGCAGCUCUGAAGUCCAACCCGUCCCACCUUAAAGAACUGGACCUCAGAUUCAACAACCUUCAGUCUUCAGAUGUUGAGCAGCUCCAGGAGCUGGUGGAGAGUCCAAACUCCGAACUGCAGACUCUGAGAUGGUGGUGAGUCUGAUGUUUGUCCUUUGGAUCACAGAGAGGAGCAUCCUCAUUAUCUGGUCUGCAGAGAUGUUGUUCCUGGAGGUGGAGAGCAGAGUGAUGGAGGAAUCAGAGGAAGUGGAGAUGAGUGUCAGAGCUGCAGCAUGAACUGAUCUGAGAUCAGCUCCACUGUCUCUCUCAGCAUCAAGUGGACAGUUAUUGUGCUGCAGCUCCCCCGGUGGACUGAUGGAGAACUGCACUUCAUCUUCUUGAUUAAUUGAUUGCUUUAUUUCAAGCAUAGAUUGAAAAAUACGGGACAAAACACGUUAAUUUUAAACUCAUUACAGAAACAAUAAAUGCGUUGAUUAGAAAAUAGAAAACAAACAAAAUUAAAACACACUUAUGUCACAUUUGGUUAAUUUUUUUGAUAAUUAACUAAAGUUAGUAGAGUUUGA